GGGCACAGACCAGGAGGGAUGCAGAGUGGGCCCCCCUCACCUGGGGUCCAGCUUCUCCCAUCCCUGGGGAGCUCAGCAGGGCGGGUUUUUGGCAUCUCAUCACCUUCAGCUUUUUGCAUCAGCACAGGGACAUGUCCCAGAUCAGUCUUGGCGAGCUCUGACUCCCAGGAAAAACAGAGACCCCAAACGGAGGGGAAAUGAAUCCCUAAUUGAGAGCCCUUAAGGCUGCCCCUGGCCCAGGCCCAGGGCUGAGAGCAGGAGACCCCCAUGGGAGGGCACUGGGCUGCCCCCCAAUUAGCAGCUCGUCAGUGUGAUGAGGAGCACAUGGGCCAGGGGCUAUAAGUAGCUUGAGGCCCCCAUCCUGGGCUAGGUCAGGUUUCUCUUCAGUCUGGGCUUCAUGGAGCAGCAGCAGCUAAAGCUGGGCUCAAACCCAGAGCAGGUGAGACCCCUCACCAGCAAUGAUCCCCACUCCUUCUUCAGCGGGUUCCUGGGCCAAAUCCUUCAGCUGAGCUUUGUCAAGUACCUGCCGAAGAUGCUUCAGAAAGCAUGGGUCUGGAUUGGAUUUGUGAUCCCUGUGGAGACCAUGAUCAGCCAACUCUGCCCCAGCCGGUCUCCCCCCAGGCCCGGCCGACUGGCCAGGAAGCGCCAGGGGAGACUCGUGUGCCUUCUCCUCUCCGUGGUGCCCACCAGGAUCCAGAACAUCCUGGGCUCCCUGCCAGCAGACUGGGGCCAGGGCAACCAGCCCAGGGAGAUCCUGGAGGCUCCAGUCAACCCAUCCAGCAAAGCCAGCAAGAGGAAGAGGGAUGAUGUGGCUCUGGAGGAGCAGGAGUCCUGGUUUGUGGUGCUGGAGAGGGACUUGCCGGAAGAUGACUCUGAAGACCUCACAUAUGAGCCCUCGGAUGAGGAGUCAGACAGUGAGGAGUACAGGUCCCACAAUGACACUGAGGCAGAGCUGAAGCUGGAAGAGCAGGAUGGGAUCACAGUGAUGCUGAAGGAGUCCUUGGAUCCCCAGAGGACACACAACCCUCAGGAACUGGUGGUGCUGCCAGGGCUGGAGGAUCCAGCUGGGUCCAGCAGUGGGGAAGGUGCUGCAGACGUGGGCAGUGGUGAUGGUGAUGCCCAGAAGCCCCAGGCUGAUGUGAGCAGUGGGCAGGAGGCUGAUACAGAGUGAUGACAGCAGCAGUUUGUCCCAGGAAAACCAGGAAGCCUGACCCAUGGACCUGGACCUUCUGGGGCUGCAGAGUUCCUGACUCCCUGGGGCCACUGUGUCCCUGAGUAAGAUGUCCAGUUAAAUGCUAUGUUGUUUUUUGAAGUUUAUAAUAAAAUUGCCCUAUUUCUCCCUGUGAAUUGGAAUGUGGUUGGCUGUCAGUACCUGGAGCUGCACCAGGUGACGUGGAC